UAGCUAGCUUUCUGGUGGUGGUUGGCUUCGAUCCUGAUUGGCACCACGGGAGGGAGGGAGAUGCCGCAGCCGUCGGCGGGCGGCCGCCGGUCCCAUAGUCCGGCCCCGUAGGAACGCUUCCCAUCAUAACGCGGCGGCCCCGGAUCAAAGGCAGCGAUGGGCAGCACGCAGUCCACCCAUGAGACGCAGGACGCCAUCCGCGACGUGGCCCACAACCCGAGCUCCGUGACGCAGCAGGACCUCGCGGACUGGGAUGCGCUCGUCCAGAGCUUCGAGAACCUGACGCCGCGCGAGGUGAAGAAGCGGAAGGACCCGACGCUCGUGACGGGCUACACGGUCGAGGACCUGCACGCCUUCGACUGCCUCGCCGCGGCGCUCGAGGGCGACGUCGGCGGCGAGGCGACGGAGGAGGACUUCCGGCCGACGCGCGUCUUCGACGAGGACGACUCCUUCGGCAACGUGCUCGGCCUGAGGGCGUGGCAGGAGCGCGCGUCCUACGGCGUGCGCACGGCCAUAAACCUGCCGGGCGCCGUCGCCAGCCGCGCGCUGGGGGCGCUGCCCUUCUCGUCCUCGUCAAAAGACGUGGAAGAAGAGGUCGAGGAGGAGGAGGACGACGACGUCGAGAGCGGGCUCGCGAAGGACAAGUUCGUGGGGCGGCGCGGCCACGCCUUUACGAAUCUGGAACUCACGGUCCUGUCGAACUUCUCGAAGAACGUGGACCACAUCGACCUGGACCAGGCCGCGGAGGUCUUCGAUAUUCUCGACGACGACGGGGACGGCACCAUCGCCCUGACGGAACUGCGGAACGCGGCGGAAGACCCGCGCAUCAUCAAGUUCGUCGAGGAUUCCAAGUGCCAGAUGCUGCGAGCUUUAUUACUCCGGGACGGCGUCGAGCCGGCGCGCGCGCGGCGUGUAUUGAGAGCCGUCGACGCCGACCGGAGCGGGUCCUUAGAUAGGGAGGAGUGGGCGGUCUUCGUCACGGCGCUGGCGCGCGAGCGCGUGCGCUAUUUAAAAGUCAUCGGCCUCUGCCAGCGCCGGUGCUUCUGGGGGCGCGGCGCCGAGGAGUUGAGGGAGGAGGGCCGGGGCUGGCUCGCGCGAUUUUAUAGUUGUGUCAUCUGGUACGAGACGCCGCCGGGCUACGUCGAGGACUUCGCCUACUACUCGCGGAACUACCACCCCGUCCUGGCGCUCUUCUACCGCGACCUCGACCACCCGCUCAACCGGCUCGAGAAGACGGCGAUGCUUUUGGUUUUAACGGCGUAUAGUCUCUUCGCCACGACGAUCCUCAUGCUCAAGGUCAAUCAGGAGGGAUGGCAGGACCCGUUACUGGACAUAUACUGGAAGGGCAUUUUCUGGAACUUCGUGAUCGUGACGCUGCCCACGGUGUUCGGGGACAUCCUGCUCUUCUACAUGCUCGCGUGCCCCUGCAUUCAGUUCGAGAACCAGGGCCGGAAGCAGGAGCGCAAGUGGCGGCGGCUCGAGUCGGUGCUGACCGGCGGGGGGCACCUGAUCGUGCUGCCCCUCUUCGUGAUCGGCACGUUCUUCGUGGUGCUGGCCCUGCUCGUCCUCUUCAAUCCCCCUUCGUGUGAGGUAUUGUCCGGAAGCGUUGGCGCUGGAGACGAGUGCGAACAAUUCACACCCUCGGACGUGCUCAAGUUCCUUCAGAGUUUCGCCAUCGCCCAGCUGCUCUGGCCCCUGAAGAUCCUGGCGAAGGAGUUCAACCUGGCGAUCGGCAAGUACCACUCCUACGGCUGGUACCGCAUGUUCUUCUGCAAGAAGUGCGGCUUCGGGCGGUGGGGCGCGGAGCGGGCCGACGCCCUCAAGGCGAAGUCGGGGGACAACGCCGUGGCGCAGGUCGCGCAGGCCUCGACGGGCGGGCGGCUGGGCGCGUUCUGGCCGCGGACGAAGACGAACGCGCGCGAGGGCCGCGGCGCGACGGCGCACCGGGGCUUCCCGCGCUAGCUAAAUAUAUGUGUGUGAUUAC